AUGUCCGACACUGAAGUAGAGGCACCGCCACCGCCGCCCACCCGAGAGGAGCGCAACCGAUGGCUGUUUGACUGUAAGCGGUGUUACGGGAAGUUCCCGACCAAACAGGCGCUAAGCGAACACCUGUCCCGACGGCUAUUCAAGUGUCCGUUUCGGUGCAAACAGACGUUUGUACACAAGGAUGAGCUCAAGACACACGAGAAGGUGUGCGCCAAUCGACUCAAAAACAGCUCAUUUGAUUGCUAUAAGAUCUAUAACAUGUAAGCCGAAAUACUAUGCUUCUCAGUAAUAAUAAUAAUGAUAUGCAAAACACAACAUAAUAAUAAUA